AUGUCGAUAUUGACGGUACAACAACAGUCGAUCAUUAAAAAUACUAUUCUACCUAAAAUUCCACAAACUCGUUUACCUCUUGUGCAUGCUUUAACAUCAAAAACAGAUAAUGAUGAACAAAAAAUUGAACCGUUUCAAUUCGAAAAAACAAUUAAAUUUUUUCAAGAUCCACAUACAGUAAAAAUUAAUGUCUUUGAAAACAUAAUAUGCAAUUCUUUCUCUAUUUUGAAGUCUCAUCUAGUCGAUCGUCGUAUUCAUCUUUGCCAAAAAUUAUAUCGACAUCAUAAAAAUGGAUAUAUUUUAAAAGAUUUACAUAAUCUUAUGAAAAUCUUUAACAUUCUUGCAGAUGUUUGUCAACAACAAGCACUUUUUAUAGAUCCUUUUAUAAAUAUUUUAACGAAUUGUUCAAAACCAUUUCUAUUAGAUAAAUCAACAGAUGCAGAAAUCUAUUCAUCUGCAUUAAUUUCUUUUUAUUCAGAUUUUGGAUAUCUUCUUCGUAUACCAAAUAAACGUAUUCAACAAUGUAUUCUUGAAACACUUUAUAAAUCAAUUCAAUCAACAAAUAAAUCAGUAAUAGCUAAAGAUAAUUAUGAUGGCCUAAGACCAACAACAAUUAAUUAUUUAUUACGAAUACAAUGUAACAGUGAUCUUUGUGAAACACUUGUUAAAGCACUUUCUAUGGUAGAAAAUGAAUUAUCACUUCGUAUUCAUAUAAUAAAAUUAUUACAAGUUUAUACAUCGAAAUUUCCUAAUUGUGUGGCAAGAAUGCUGACUCAUGAUUGUAUAAAUCGUUUAGUAUCAAGAAUAAAUAAUCCUGAUUCAUCAGGAGAGUAA